GCAGCGGAAGUAGCUCUUGUUAGCCCCGCCCUUCCUUUUCCGCCGAGCUUUUCGUCUUCGCCGGUAGCAGCUCGUGGUUUAACUUCUAUUUUCCUCGAGUUUACGCGGAAUCGAACGGCACGAUGUACCAGAACGACGACGUGGAUGGAGACUACGACCCUUAUUCGUACCCCGCCGAUUACGAUCUCCAUACUGGUGACCCCAAGGCGGACCUAGCCUAUGAGCGCCAGUAUGAGCAGCAGACCUACCACGUCAUUCCAGAGGUCAUUAAGAACUUCCUGCAGUACUUCCACAAGACCAUUUCAGACCUAAUUGACCAGAAGGUGUAUGAGCUGCAGGCCAAUCGUGUGUCCAGUGAGAGCAUUGAACAGAAAAUAUAUGAGAUCCAAGAUGUUUAUGAGAACAGUUGGAACAAGCUGACUGAUCGCUUCUUCAAGACAUCACCUUGGCCCGAGGCAGAAGCAAUUGCUUCGUUAGUGGGUAAUGAUGCUGUGUUUUUAAUCCUAUACAAAGAGCUGUAUUACAGACACAUCUACGCCAAAGUCAGCGGUGGACCGACCCUUGACCAGAGGUUUGAGUCUUACUACAAUUACUGCAACCUCUUCAAUUACAUUUUAAAUGCAGAUGGACCUGCCCCUUUGGAGCUUCCCAAUCAAUGGCUAUGGGAUAUCAUUGAUGAAUUCAUCUAUCAGUUUCAGUCCUUCAGCCAGUAUCGCUGUAAGACAGCAAAGAAGUCAGAGGAGGAGAUCGAGUUCUUAAGAAACAACCCUAAGAUCUGGAACGUUCACAGUGUACUUAAUGUUCUGCAUUCACUUGUGGACAAGAGCAACAUUAAUCGACAGCUGGAGGUGUACACCAGUGGAGGGGACCCAGAGAGCGUGGCGGGUGAGUAUGGCCGCCACUCCCUCUACAAGAUGCUGGGCUACUUCAGCCUAGUGGGUCUGCUGCGACUGCACUCCCUUCUGGGUGAUUACUACCAGGCUAUUAAGGUUCUGGAGAACAUUGAACUCAACAAAAAGAGCAUGUAUUCCCGUGUGCCGGAGUGUCAGAUCACUACCUACUACUAUGUAGGCUUUGCCUACCUCAUGAUGCGGCGGUACCAGGAUGCCAUCCGUGUCUUUGCCAACAUUCUGCUUUACAUCCAGCGGACAAGAAAUAUGUUCCAGAGGUCAACCUACAAAUACGAAAUGAUUAACAAGCAAAAUGAGCAGAUGCAUGGCCUACUGGCCAUAGCCCUCACCAUGUACCCCAUGCGUAUUGAUGAGAGCAUUCACACUCAGCUGCGUGAAAAGUAUGGGGACAAGAUGCUACGUAUGCAGAAGGGGGACCUGCAGGUGUUCGAAGAGCUUUUCAGCUUUGCAUGUCCUAAGUUCUUGUCCCCUGUGGUGCCCAACUACGACAACGUUCACCCCAACUACCACAAGGAACCCUUCCAGCAGCAGCUGAAGGUAUUUGCAGAAGAGGUCCAACAACAGGCCCAGCUGUCCACCAUCCGAAGCUUUCUCAAGUUGUACACCACUAUGCCUGCCGCCAAACUGGCGGGGUUUCUGGAUAUGGCGGAACAAGAGUUCCGCAUUCAGCUGCUAGUUUUCAAGCACAAAAUGAAGAACCUGGUGUGGACCAGCGGCAUCUCUGCUCUCGACGGAGAGUUCCAGUCCGCUUCUGAAGUCGACUUCUACGUUGACAAAGACAUGAUACAUAUUGCAGAUGCCAAAGUUGCCCGCCGGUACGGUGACUUUUUCAUCCGACAAAUUCGCAAGUUUGAGGAGCUGAACCGAACUCUGAUGAAGAUGUCCGUUACUGGAAGUACUGGUUCCAGUAGCAGCACCAACACGUCCAGUCGUGCCACAUAAGGCCCCACAGACCUGCUGUUGAUUAAACCUGAUUUUAAACUGCAGCUCUUGGCUCUGCCUGCAUUCAUCUUCAGUGCACCCCUUUGCCACUUCUCAUUAAAAAGUAUGACCAUACAAUGUACCCAACGCUGAAAAAGAUGUUUUUCUAUGUAGCUGUGUGAAAGCCGAAUAAAAAGCAUGAGCAGGUU